UCCCAAAAGCCAGCAACAUAUCGACUGUGUUUCGGAAGUGUUGACUGCCAUAUUUACUUUUCCUGCAAAUCAGACACGCAUGCCAUGAAUUCAUUGUACAUCUUGUAACUGAGUAAAGGAUCGGAUCAUGCAUUCCAAAAAAAGCAAUGGGAAGGGGCGUGCCAGUUUCUUCGAAACGCUGUUCAAAAUCGACAAAGAUCAGGUACCAUUAUCGAAGGAAAACUUUGUUCUGAAUAUGGUACUUCCAGUUUUCCCCGUAGCAGAAUCCGUCAAAGAAGCACAGAGAUUAAUUAAAGAAGAACAAACAUUUUUGUUUUAUGGUACAAAACUGUGUAGUGAUAUGCAGCUCCUCGUUGGCAGUAGUACCGACGGUCUGGCUCUUCCUGAAAUCAGACAUGUUGCCAGGUCUAGAUCGUACACGGAAGCCCAGGAUGAAGAUAUCAUAUACUUAUUUCCCUACCUCAAAAUCGACCCCAGUCAUCGCCGCGCAUUUGCAAGGCCUAUUCCAAUUAGGGAGCACCCUGGAUACGUACAAUUGGCAUUCAACACAGACUGGUUGUAUCAAAGACAAAAUUAUUAUGAUAACGUCUAUAUAAGCAACAUGUCAAAAAGUAACUUUGAAAACCCAACAGAGUUUGUGGAUAGCGAAGGAUUUGUCUUAAGAGCAAAACUAACUCGGAAAUUAAAACGGGAAACGAAAUUAGAAGACCACAAUUAUAACGAUGAAGAAGGCUGUAUCCGAAUUCACGAAGGAAGAAAUGUUUCUGUCGAAUAUUCACAUCACGGUCCAGCAUUGACAACAGAGACUCGUGAGCAUACUUACAAUAUCCAUCACUCAAAGGAUUACGUACUGGCACUUCCUCAUCCGAGCUGGCCUUCCGAGGCGGCAGCAUGGCGACACCGAGUUCGUACCUGGCCUCCCGUUUCAGUUAUUAAUGCGGCCGUCAAAUGUGGCUGUCAUGUUGUCGCGAAAUCGCACAAAAACAGCAAGGAUCCACGCGAAUUUAUUCUCUCCUUCGGUUUAGCAUCAAGAACCGUUGCGCAUGCACUCAACAUUGCACAAUUCCGUUGUUACAAAUUGUUCAAAUACCUUUUUUGCUUUCAUAUCGGUAAAGUAAAGCGCGGGAUGUCAACGUUUCAUUGCAAGCAGGUUAUGUACUGGGUAUGUGAAAGAAGCAACCAAGAGGAUUGGACAGAAGACAAUCCUUUCGAGUGCCUACAACGCCUGCUUUACCAAAUGGAAGAAUUUCUGUCAUUGCACAACCUGCCACACUACUUUAUCGCUGAGAAUAACACUAUAGCCCACAUUAGUGCAGCGUCAGUGGCCGCCAUCAAGCGUGACGUCACGAAGGUCCGCGAUACCUGCUGGGCGGUCAUCUUAGAGUUGAUCGAGACGAAACGCUUCUGGUGGCUGUCUAGAGAUAUUUCUCUUACCACUAUACUCUCGGCUCGUUUGUCUGGAGAUGAACUAACAAAGCAAAAUAUGGCCAUGGCAGUUUUGAAUUAUGUGUCCGAACUACUGGACAAAGGCGAAGUAUCCAUGGUUUUUUACCUGCUUGGAGUGGAUAUGCUUCAUGACAUGGCCAUGAAUACCUUCAUCGAUGUUACGAUUGAUCGCAUAGAGCAGGCUCUGAAGAUUGGCCCUAACACGAGCACAAUGUGCUGCUUAAACGGACUGUUAGCAUCACUGUACCAUCAACGAGGAGUGUCAACAAAGUACAGUAAUAUUAUGAUAGAGAAAAGCCGAGCGAUAUUCCAUAAGGCGCUUGAAGACGUUGGCACCCAUAUUUGGAUAUAUGGAGAAUACUACAACUUGCUAACGACAACAAAACAGCAUCAACUGCUUCUUGAACAUUUUGCUUCACAUCUUGCGUCCUCCCGACAAGGAAUGCUAUAUCAUGGAGGCAUUUAUAACUCUAUAAAUUUCCACAAUCGCCUUACCAUGGAUAUGUGUGUCCAAGAGGCAAUCGUAGACUGCAGUGUACCGAGUACGGCCUUUUUGUUUUUCAAAAUCAUACAAACAUUGACUGUCUUACACAAGAACCAGGUUAGUGGAUGUUCAUCAUACCACGUUACAGCAACAAAAGCCGUGACGAAUUUUGAUGCUUGGGCCAAAUUAAAAGCUUUACGGUUUCCUGAGAUGUGCGAUGAGCACGUUCAAGUGCUACUAGCCUACAGUUAUGACUGUGUUGGACGCCCCGAUGGCGCCGAGAAGUAUUUUGCUAAAGCUGCCAGUUUCGGAGUGGAUUACAAAGACGAAGAAGAAUCUGACGACAUCAUAAUGAGUACUCCAGUGGUAAUUCGUCUGCGACGAAUCGCAGAAGAGCAACGGUCGAGGAACACUAAACCUUAUAAGAGGCCCUCCGGUCGUAAACAAAUGAAUGACAGUGGCAGAAAUAUUAUUCUGAAAUUUGGUGAGGUGCGAAUCAACCCCUUCGUGCAUGGGUAAGAUAUCGCAUCAUCGGGAGCAUCAUCUGAAAUUGAACCAUUCUGUUGACGUUUCAUACCGGUGACUAUACGAUAUAGCUUAUAUCGUUGUGAUGACGUAGCGUCAAAUAUUUCCCUUGCAAUCUCUAUCUGUGGUGUUACAUGCUUGGAGAAUUCUGUUGACUAGGCUACAUUCUAUGCUUCCAGUGCUAACUGUUUGAUAUCUAAAGACAUUAUAAGAUGCGAUGUCAGAUUGCUCUAUACUGAAUAGAGGUAUUAUGAAUGUAGCUGGAAUCAUGACGAUUACCCUUUCGGGACACAUGGUUCUAUUCUCCUGGUGCUUUCGCAGGAGUUGAAGGUGCAUCUUUAUUUUGCUCAUACUUUGCCCUUAUUUUAUCGAAUAUGAUACUGGUAUACGGUUUCGUUUACAUGAAGCAAUCUAGUCUUGUAAAUUAUGAACAUUGUUUCUAAUGAUUCUGAUGUAAACAUGGGUCAGAGGUCGAUCAGUGCACUCCAGCCAUGUCAGUUAUCUACAUUGUUUCUAAUUUCUCCGAUACAAACAUAGAUCCGAGGUUUCUUAGUUUAAUCUGGCCAUGUCAAUUCUGUACAUCAGAGGUCGAUCAGUACGAUCCGGCCGUGUCAACUGUGUACAAUGUUUCUGAUAAUUCUGAUGUAAACACGGAUCUCAUAUCGCCAAGUAAACUCUGUACAAACACAUCUAAGGUCAUUCAGUACAUUACGGCUAUGCCAAUUCUGUACAAUAUCAUAUUUUAUCUGUGUUUUCGUGUGUUUGUUAUCGACACCGUAAACUUGUGGCGACAUCGUUGAACAUAUUUUAUCUACCGCACUAUCGUAGAUUAUGCCUUUAUGUAUAUUUUAACCAGCUCCUUUAGAUAGAUUCGACUUUAAUCUGAUAACUGUCUCCACACGGGCAUGUAACGUUUCUGAAGGAGGAGGCUUGUGUAGUAUACCAUACAUAGCUGCAAAGAGGCACGUACAUUUUCUUGAGGAUGAGGCUUUUGAAGUAUACUAUAGAUAAUAGCAAAGAGGGAUGUAAAGUUUCUGGAUAACGGGGCUUUUGAAGUAUGUUGUAUGUAGUAAAGGAACUAACGGAAAACCCGAGAGAAAUUCUCAUAUCACAUAAAAGUCGGCGAUAUUCGACAAAUAUUCGAUUGAAUUUCACAUAUUUUGUUCCAAAAUAUUUGCAAAUAUGUUUUUUUACCAGGAAAAACAACUACAAUUACAAUAGACUACAUUUACAUGUUUUUGUCGUAAAUGUGAAUCGCGUUUGGCGAUUUCACCGAUGUAGCUUUAUAUCUGUCCGCUGAAAUCCGAGUCAACCAUCAGGUACCCAGUGGAAAUGGUUUCAUCACGUAUUUACAUUUUGUAAUUACCACUUCAAGAACAAGUUCCAGAAAACAUUUUUAUGUGCAGUACUACACCCCAAAACAAAUCAACAGCCAUUGUUUAACAUUUAGGCUGAAACUGGAACGGAGAAAAUACUUUUUACCAAAUCUCGGAAAGAGGCAACUUUUCAUUUUUCGUUUUUAUUAAUUACCAAUCAACGACCUUAUUGUCAAAAAUGAUGGCAUCAAAUUUGUUUUGUAAAAAAAAAAGAGUUGGUAAGUGAUUGAAAGAUGUCACACGAAAGCGAAUAGAAUACCUAACGAAAACAUUAGUAAAUUCGCCGAACUUUACUUAUUUCACGUUUACUGCAAGAGAAAAUAAUGCAAAUGUAGUUAGUAGUAUUUGGAGCUGUGCUUUGCUUAUAACGAGUUUAUCAGGCUUAUUUUGGACCUGAUAUGUAAAACUCCAACCAUAUUUGGCGGAAUACCGCUGAAUUUGUGAGAAAGGUGAAUAUUUUAUUGCUUCCUUUUUACUAAGUGUAGUAAACUUCACACUGUAACAGAAAAAAAAGAGUAAAAUUAAAAAAGGAAAGAAAAAAAACAUACAAACAAAAACAGAAAACGACAUUCCAUUCAGAGAUAGCGACGUUGUAUAGUUGGUAGCAUUGAAGAAGAAUGCUCUCCUUCCACACAGGAGUAAUUCACAAUUCGUUGACGAAUAGCAUGUUUGGCAGAGAAUACUUGGUACGCCUUCAUCAAUGGAUAGUUUGAAUAUGCAUCUGUUUCAUAUUUCUUAUGGACAGAGUCUAGAUGCCUUCUACUAACAAAAAAUUUGUUAAUUCUGUUACAUCUGCUCCAAUGUCUUCAACAAAGUCUAGAAAAGACCAGAAGAAGACAAAAUCCACCAAGAGUAAAACUAUUUUGUAUAGUUGGUAUCAUUGAUGUUUUGAUAACGUUGUGUCAGUCUCUAAAAUACUUUAGAAUAACAUCAAUCCGUCAUUAUGUACUAAGAAUUUGCUCUGGCGAUAAAACAAGCCGUCUUUAUCAUUUAUGUUUGCGUGUUUCCGAACAAAUUUCCCGAAUUUACGUCUGUAACAAAGGUAAUAAAAAAAAUAGACACAUGUAUGAAAUUAGCAACGAGGUUGUAUAUUCUAUUAAGUAUAUAUAUAUAUGACAUCUGCUGAAUUGGCUGAUAUACACCCCGAUACAUCAUACCUGUUGUGAGCGUGGCAAUGAGAUAUUGGUCACCCAGUCAAAUACUACCAUGUAUACUGAUAGGACUUUAGUGAGUCACGUCAAUUUACAGGUGAAGCUUAGUAACAUCUUAAGGGUUGUUUAUCAAAUCUGAAAUCUAAAGAAUUUCAUUAAAAGAUUGCCAUAGUGAUGACAA